UAGGCAUAGAUUUUGUUCGUAGGUUCAACUUUCAGUUUGUUGCCAACCACCCCCGCCUGGGAAUUACAUGUCUUUUGAUGAUGUAAAAGUGCCCUUUUGGUUUUCCGAUCUUACUUCUCUGGGUAUCAGAAUUAUAAAUUCCACAUGUAAACAACCCCAAUAUGUACUUGAACAACAGAGUUCUGUGUUGUCAGUGAUGUAUACCAUGAUUUGUCCACCCAAGUCGGGAUGUUUUGUGAAGACAAAGGUGCCCAAGGAAUUCGCUAAUCCAUGUGGAUUUGUGCAAGGAAAGACUGCAAGGGUAUUGGUUCCCAGAAGUAUAGUAACUGUGAAUGAUGAUAGUGCUUUGGUAUGGAUAAUCAAUGAUAAGACUCGUUCAGUCACCCUGCCAGUGGGAAUGAGUUUGGCCAGUGUAUCAGGGAUUGAUAAUGUUUAUUCAAAUAAUGACUUGGUCAACAUUCCAGGUGGUGCUGAACAUAGUGAUACUGUGACUUGGGAGGACUUCACUGAUGAAUUUGAUGAACACUAUGGUAUUGGUGACUUUGGCUAUUCACACAACGACUUUGAUAUCUUUCCACCGAUGGGCCCAUCCGUACCCGACAGUGGAGGCUUCCAGAAAGUGCACGAGACACCAUACGGCAAGAAUGCGAAGCAAUGUUGCGCGAGGGUAUAAUCGAGCCUUCUACCUCACCAUGGCUCUCUCCUGUGGUCCUGGUGCGGAAGAAAGAUGGAGGAAUAAGGUUUUGUAUAGACUUUCGUAACCUUAACAAGAUUACGAGAGCCGACUCUUACCCAAUGCCUAGGCUUGAUGAAACUAUAGACAGACUAGCAGGCACUCAUUGGUUCACUGCUUUAGAUGCCAAGAAACUAUAGACAGACUAGCAGGCACUCAUUGGUUCACUGCUUUAGAUGCCAAAUCUGCCUAUUGGACAGUGGAGGUCAAUAAAGGUGAUCGACAAAAGACUGCAUUUACUGAUGGUUACCGUCUUUUUCAGUUCAAGAGAAUGCCUUUUGGCCUGGCUACUGCUCCUUCCACCUUCCAGAGAGCAAUUAAUGCCGUAUUACACCCCGUCUUGGGGAGA